AUGCCAUUGUCGUUUUUCCGAUCAGGUGGCCUCAGCGCUCACGUUGGUUCGCACCAUCGUGCGAAGGUUGCCAAGGGGGAUAAUAGUGAAGUCAAGAGGACCCUCCACGGUAUCAUCGCGCCGACAAGACAGGACGAAGUUAUUGAAACACUUUUAUCUGCUGGUGCGAACGUCAAUACGAUGGGAGCCAAAGGCCAGACCCCAUUGUUUGCUGCAAUCAUGACGAGAAAUAAAAAAGUACUUCAGCGCUUUAUGGGCAUGGGCGCAAUAUUAAAUCCAAGGGCAGCAUAUGCUACAGCUUGCUCCAGAGUUCACGGUGUAUCCGGAGAUGCACUGAUAACUGCAAUUGCGCAGGGUGACAGUGAUGUGGUCAACUGUCUUCUUAAAUGAGGCGCUGAUACAGAGGCCUUUGGCAUUGACCAUCUUCAUAAAAGGAGAGUUAACAUAGAGGCUUAUGGGAUUACUAUAAUGAUGUACGGUUACGCUCGCGUUACAUCCCACUGAGCUAAAAAGACUACAGUAUUACG